AUGGAAUGUCAACGGCUACAAGAAUUUGUAAAUUUUGAACAUUUACUUUACGGAAUAGAUUUAAAUAACAUAAGUACUCCAGCGCUAAAUGACCCAUUUGAGAUUUCGAAGCGAUUUAACAAUGGAAUCAAAUUCAUAAACGCUAGAAACAUAUUGUAUUUAAAUGUACUUUGCGAAGCCAAAAAGUUAAACGUAAGCAAUUCCUACGCAAUUAGAAGGGUAACGGAAAUGUUAUGGAGUAGGGCCACAUUUGAAGAAAAGGGGAGAUGGUGUGAUCUCGCAAAACAAGUGUCCAAUUAUAUUAAAUCUGAGUCAAUGUUUCCACCAAAGAUUUUAAGGGUUAGAAAGUUUGAUGAUAAUUAG